GCCAGACAUGCUCAGCCUCGCCUACUGGUUGCAUUACGGGGCGCAUCUGCAGCCGCCUCCACCAACGGUCUUUGAGCAUGGUGCGCCCUGUCCGUUCGCUAUCUACAACCCUAGACGCUAUCUGUGACCUUGCCGUCCAGCAUGCUGGGUGGUUUAUCUGGCCCAGUCUGCUGGCUCUCAGGACAUGCAAACACCAUGCGACCGCCCCCAUCCUGACUCUAAGCUAUGGCCUUUCAAGUCGACAACGAUGAGCUGCCAACAGCAAAUAUUACCCCGCUGCCCACGGCUAUGACGGCUGCUGCGUUCCUUGGGAUUGCCUGGUAUCUGAGUGUCGAAGUCAGUGUACGCCUGCUCUCCAGAGCAACGCGACGUAGCCUAUACUUCUGGUCCUGUCUCACCUGUGCCCUGAGUAUCAUUACUCACGCUCUUCUCAUUGUCCUUCUGGACUUCAAGAUCUGGGAAAGCUACGGCGCAAUCGUGAUAAUACACGUGUCGUGGUGGUUGUAUAUCACAUCGCAGUCUGUAGUGCUGUAUUCGCGACUCAAUCUCGUCCUCCAACGAGUGGAGACGGGACGUUAUGUUCUCUAUAUGAUCGUCGUUAAUGCGACCAUCUUUGGUCUGGGGACGGUCAUCCUGGGCAUGGUUGCACGCCACCCGACCAUGGUGCAUCGACUCGGCUACGUGAAUCUGAUAUGGGACAGAAUCGAACUCGGUGCGUUCUUCGUCCAAGAAACCAUCAUCUCGCUCCUCUACAUUCGCGAAACAGCGCGGCACCUACAAAACGUCGCUCUUCUUGGUACCAACAUCCGUACCACCAGGCGCGUGCUCCAACAUUUGAUACUCGUCAACAUCUUUAUCAUAUGUCUGGACUGUAGCCUUAUUGGGUUGUGUUAUGCAGGUUUCUUCUUUCUGCAGGGCUACUACAAAGCUGCCGUAUAUGCGGUGAAGCUCAGGACAGAGUUUACGAUUCUGAACCAGCUACGGUCCUCCUUACCGAACUCUUCGGAUCAUGAGAGCGAAUUCAGAGUCUACGAACGAUCGGAGAGUCGACAUAUGGGUGGGGGAGCAGACGGGGUGCAGAGCGUCAGGCGCGGUGCGCACAGCGAGGACAGUGAGAUCCAGAUGGUAGUCAUGCGGAGCGGGCGGCAUGGAGGUAUAACAAUACAGAAGGAUGUCGUGAUAUCGUCGGUGCGGAGGGAUCAAAGCGACAGCUUUGAAGCAGCCAGACCUUGAGGGCGUUUGGAGAUUUUCACUGCGUUUCGAACAAUAUGAUACCCUUAUACGAAUGGAUGACUAAUGAUUGUGGUUAUUUCAUCUGAGCAGUAAUUGAAUACCUAGUAAUUGAAUUGUUUGUCACAUGCGAUAU